CCACACCCAGAACACAUGUGCAUUUAUCACCUGUGCAUAUACUACGUCACUACUUUCCUGAAUGAAAGUCGAAUGCGUGGCGCAUCCCUUCGACAUGGUCAGUUAUAUAAAAACACUGACUUAUACAUCGGCUGGCCAAAGGAAUUCCCCGUGUAUGUAGAACACAUGUGCAUUUACUACGUUACUACGGUCCUGAAUGAAAGUCGAAUGCGUGCUAUUCAAGGUUAUGGCAACAUCGUACCAGCCACGUCCUCCGGUCGAAUCGCUUGUGUGGUCUUCGCUUUGUUUGGAGCUCCUUUGGCUAUCAUCACUAUUGGAGAUUUGGGUAAAUUCCUGUCCGAAUGCACCAUAUGGCUGUACAAGGAGAUGAAAAAAGUACGAACUCUCCUUUAUGGACGAUGGAGACGGUUCCGCGGGCUUAACAAGGGUGAGAUACAGCAUGAAGAUGCCGAAUCACAACUAUCGAGUUCAAGAUCAUUAGACUGGGAGGACUUGGUCUUGGACAAAACUGAAGUGCCUGUCAUCAUGGUGUUCACUAUAUUACUGCUCUACAUAGCAUUCGGCGGAGUAUUAUUCUCGUUCCUUGAGGGAUGGACGUACAUGGAUGCCUUUUAUUACUCAUUCAUCUCGCUCACCACCAUAGGAUUCGGUGAUAUUGUUCCUGAAAAUCAUGACUAUAUCGUCCUUAUGCUCGCAUACCUCGGUAUCGGCCUGGCGGUGACCACUAUGUGUAUCGACCUUGUUGGCAUACAGUACAUUCAGAAGAUUCACUAUUUCGGCAGAAAGUUCCGAGGCACCGAUUUGCUGCAUCUCCUGAAGCGAAAGCGAAUGAUCGAACGUCGUUUGGCUAUGGGACAAGGCGAGGAGAUUCUCCAGAUGUAUAUUCAACAAAUGCAGAAUCAACUUUCAUUGUUUAGUUAUCGUCCACCCAGCAUAUAUAGCAACUCAUCUGCGUCAGCAAGAUCCUUAAUGCUCAAACGUCUGUGUGAAUCACGUGGAGAAUCAUGGGACGAGUCGGGUCCGUCCAUUUCUGAACAUUGCUCACUUUCCACUGAACCAUCAGUGCAUAUCAGACAGGCGUACUGGGAUGAUUAUCAGUCACCUGCGUCGUCAGUUUUGUCGUUCGACUACGAGGUGCCUCUGCCGAGCCCGGACUAUCAGAAGAUAGCUCUGUCCGCUCGUCGUUCACGGCGGUUACGCUCGUGUCCAUCGGGGAUCACAGUACCUCCGUCGCAAUCAGUAAGCAAUCGCAGUGUUCCAGUGUCGGCUCGUCACCAACCGCGUUGCUGCACGCCAACCUCCGAUCCGCUUCUGCUGUCUGCCCCGCUGUCGUUUCGUAUCUCUGAGCCGUUCAUGCUCUCAAAACUCGCUGUUCAAUGCGAUUCGCCUCCGCCACCGCACCCGGCUACGAUCGACUUUGAGCCAGCGCCGGUGGUGAAGUCGUUCGCUCCGAACAACGAUGUGCCAGAGUUGGAACUGUUCUACCCUCAGUGUUGCUUGCAUAAUGCUUCUAUGCACGAGCCCUUCGCUGCUAUCCCUCGACUUCAGCUCACUGAAUCUCCACCUUCGACGUCGCGACUUUCGUCACGAUUUCAAUCGACGCUCUUUACGAUCUCCGAGCCUCAAGAAGAAACUCCGAAACCAUUGUUGCAGCGUAAAAAGAAAGAGCGGGAGGAAAAAGUCAACAACCCGUUGCACAACGUCGACUGGUUGAAUGUGAGCCCUCGUGUGAUGCAGCUUGUCAAGGAUGAUCUGCCGAAACUCUUCGAGCAUGUUCGGAGCGACAACUCGUCCCCGGCUUCUAUUGUGCUUGUCAGUCCGCGUACUCCUGUUGGUGUGGCAUGCAUGGAGGACUGGGAUUCCUACAUACGAAUGUUGGAAAGCUACAAUAAACCCUACGAGCGCCCUCCACAAACGGAUAGUUCAUCCGAAGAGGAGAAUGCCAACGGAAUGGAUCUCGACCUCGGUGCUUUCGAACUCGUCGAUUCCGGUAUGACCGCUGAGACAUUGCUCUCUACUGAAGAACCGGUCAUAUAUCACCGAGAUCUCCCAGUUCAUUCUGUCCACCACGACACCGUGCAAACAGAGGCUGCACUGGCGAACCUCAUGUCGGCACCAUCCAGUAUGCUGACGGCCGCAAUUCCUCCAACAAUGGUCGAGGACAACUACUGCUUCGUCGUGGACGGUGAGCGGGUGCGAAUGGGUGAUAUCCUCGGAGAUGAUCAGUGGUGGAGGCAUACGUCACGACCGACAAAAUACUUCUAUUCAGAAGAUUUGAGGCAGUUCCAUCGUGUGAAUUGUAUAGCUGUCAAAGGCAAGGUGAUUGCCGCCAAACUGGCCACUUCCGCACUACAAGUGCAGACGACGGCCACGGGGGUCGCCUCGUCGGCGUCAACGCCACGGUCGUCCGUGAGCGGCGCAUCGGCGCGUUCACACGGGCGCGACAAUAAGGUACCGUUGGCGCACGUCUACAAAGUGAUCCGUUUCUAUUCGUUCUGGAAGACGUGCACGUCCUUCCAUCGCAUCGUCACGAUGAUCGAUAGAGUCACCGACGAUCGUAAUGUGAACCCGGACUUCAAAAAACGUCUCUUCGUACAGUACCUCUGGCGAAAUGCCAAAGCCGUCGAGAAGGCACGUGUGCAGAAGGAAUUCGAUCCGCGACGGCAACCGUGCCUUCUGUGUCAUUAUCUUCUUUUUCUCCGUGACGUACAAACAUCCAAGACAAUAUCCGUAGAAUUGCAAAAGCAGUACCUAAAGCAAAGGCCUCGCCUCGUUAGCUGUUGGGGUUAUUGUUUGUACAGCAGGCACUGA